AUGGGAAAAAUUGCCAUUUUUCAAGAAUCUAAUUCUACGCAGCCUCAGAAGCCUCACAUCCUCUGUUCCCCUCGAGACUCUGUUUCCCUCUCCAUCGCCGAGUCCGACUCUCGCCACUUCCACGCCCUUAUAGCCGACCAUGCAAAAGAUGCCACAGACGUGUAUCAAUUAUGUCAGGACUGGCCCAAUUUCCGCGUCGCCUCGGAUGGGACGACUCAGGCGAUUCCUCUUCUCACACUGCGAGUCACCAUCUUCCCCUACCAAGGCCUCUCCAUUGGAYUGUCGUUCCUCCACGUCGCCGUCGACGGACCCGCAUUCCACCAUUUCGUCAAAUCAUGGGCGUCCAUCUGUAAAGGGCAAGACUUCGAUGGGCCAACGCCGGUUCACGAUCGGACUGUGGUUCGAGACCCGAAUGGACUUGAAUCGACCAUUCUCCAGCUACAGUGGAGCAUGGCUGGGCCCAUCAAUUUCGGGAGUGAGCCCAUCAGUAAGCGUCUGGCCGACAUGGUUCGGGCGACAUUUGAGCUGUCGAAAGCCCAAAUUGAGGGACUGAAGAGCUGGGCCAGGGCGGAAUCUCCACAUUUUUCGAGUUUCGUUGCAGUAUGCUCUCUUGUUUGGGUUUGUUUCAUCAAAUCGCGUGAAGGCGAAGGAGGAAAUGGAAAAGGAAGUGAAGUUUGUUGCUUCGCAUUCGCAGCAGACUGCCGUAAGCGACUUGGAUAUCCGAUGCCUGCGGGGUAUUUCGGGAAUUGCCUUGCGUUUUGCCAUGCGGUAGUAGAGAAGGGGGAGCUUUUGGGUGGAGAUGGUGUAAUUGUGGGAAUGAAGGCCACUGGGAAAAGAGUGGGAGAAGCGGAGGAUGAGCCGUUGAAAGAGACGGCGGAGUGGGCGUCGGUUUGGAAGAAGUAUAAAGAGCGUGGAGUUGUGUUCGCAGUGGCUGGGUCGCCGAGGUUGGGUGCGUACGAUGUGGACUUUGGGUGGGGGAGGCCCAUAAAAACUGAUGUGAUUCACAUAGAUUCAGGGAGCCUAUUUUCUCUGGGAGAAUCGAGAAAUGAGAAUGGUGGAAUCGAGGUUGGGUUGGCUCUCAGUACCGCUCACAUGGCUCGCUUUGUUGCCGUGUGGGAACAAACACUGAAUCUUUUCAGUUGCUGA